GCAACCCAUACAAUGUGCGAGGCUGGCGUUAGUCAGUGUUAAAUAUUAAGUUUUUGUGGUAUGUUGUGUUUUUCCACUUGAUUCGUAUUUUGUGAAGUAAAUGAACGUCAUAAGAAAUCUUCUCAAGACAAACUUGUUGUUUUACCGGUGCGAUAAAUGUCUAUGAAUAAUUUUAUUUUUUAAAAACUAUUACAGAGACAUAAUAUCGAUUAUUGUUUGUUUUGUUGUGCAGGUUAUUUUCUUCUUGAAGGAGACCGACAUUUCGUAUGGGGGUGACGUCGGCGAUAAAAUCUACCAACAUCGCAAAGUUAUAAGAAAUAUGGCUGCCUUGAGAUGGAUCUAGCAGAAGUGGUUGAGGAUUUGAUUUGUACGUUUGAUGGUUCCGGAGAUACGACAAUGGAUACGUUAGCGAUGUUCGUAUUCGGCUGGAUUUUAGCCGCCCUAUUUAUUUUGUGGUUAGGAAAAUUACUGUACGAAAAAUUCCAAAACAGAAACAAAACUCAGUCGGAAGCGAAAGCUAAGUUAUUAGAUACCCAAGCGAAAACAACAGAUAGCAUCGACGGUGAUAAUAAAGGGAUUAAGAAAACAUCGAUAUCGAGUGUUUCGAAAGGUUACGUCGCGCCCACACCUCCUGUCAGGAAGAGAUUAACGAGACAGAGUCCAGCGCCGGAAAGUCGUAAACCUCGGUUUAUACCGGCUCCUCAGUGCACCGGACCUGAUAACGUGUGUGUUUUGUGGGUUAACGAUGUGUUUCAGUGGUUGUAUAAUGACUUUGUCAUUGUUAAUGAGUUGCUGGGUGUUUGGAUAGCCGCUUUGAACGAGUACACCAAAAAAUCUGGAGCUGAGCAAGGAAUCGGCGUAGAGAUAGUAAGGAUAUUACCAGAAACGCAUCCGCCCGUUUUGUCCAACAUUUUCGCAGAAGCGGAUUCUAAAGACGAUGUGACAAUAACCUGCGAUUGCGAAUGCACCCCUGCUUUGCAACUGAAGAGCUUCAGACAGAAAGGCGAAAAAAACGAAACGUCGCAUUACCGCGUCAACGUCAACCGUUUUAGAGCAAGACUAAAUAUUUUCUGCGUUUCAGAGAAACUACGUGCUAACGUUAAAUGUGACGGAUGGCCUGAGAUCAAAAUCGCACUCGCUCCUGUAGGAAAUAUUAAAAAUAAUCUAGACGAAUCGCAAUUACAGGAAGUAAUCAUAGAAAUUCUAACUGAUGCUCUGAGGAAUACCGAAGUAGAUUUGAACCUUUCUCAGUAUCCCACUUGUCCGAGAUUGGUGAGACAUGUUGCUUUACCAGGACAAAUUUUACCUGUUCAUUAUGACAGUAUGGGCACAGGAAACAUUAGCCCAAGUUACACUUCAACCCCCAAUCACUUAGCUGCAGGUGCGCGACAAAUUCCAGGUGAAAAACGACUUUUAGUGAAAGUGGUACGAGCGGCUCAAUUGGGUGCCACACAAGGCUGUGCUGAACCUUAUUGUGUGGUGGAAAUGGACGAACCGCCACAAAAAAAUCAAACUGCUGUGGCCAAAAAUACCGAUUCGCCACAAUGGGAUGAACACUUUCUGUUUGAUUUAUCCCCCAGUACAGCGGAGCUACUUUUCGAAAUAUACGAUCACGCGGUGAAACCCAACAGAUUCUUAGGUUUAGGGAUAGUAGGAGUAGAAGAACUUUUGGUAAAUCCAUCUCAAAGACAGAUCAUAUCUUUACAGAGUAGACCGUACGAGAGCGAUCCAGUGUCAGGAACUUUAACUGUAGAGUUUUUAUUCAUAGAAGGUGCUGAUAUACCGAAUAUAAGUGGUGGACAACCUUAUAAAAUUAAAGAGACGAUAAGGACGCCUUCUCCUACGACGAAUAAGAUUAGUCUUAUAGGUAGUACUACUUCAACGUUCCAAAAUGAUUCCAUUACCAAUGGUAAUCAUUCCCCCCAAACGGGAUACAGAGACUUAGAUAGAAGUAAGAUUAAUACGAAUACCUUGGUCAUUCAUAGCAUGCAAAGGCAACCUUCCCAAAGGCUAGUGAAGGUUGAAUUAAAUAACGGUGCUUGGAAAGAAAUUGAAACUAUCGAAGUGAAUCCGGAAGAUAAAGAAAUAAUUGCGGUAGAAGAGAAUCAAGAAACUAAUGGAAAGUUGCCUACUGAAAGAAAUGGUACAACUAAUGGUGAAAGUAAGGAUGUGAUGAGUGAUAGUGCAGCAUCUAAGCCUGGAGAAUAUAGUUAUACCGGUCCGUCCCCAGUACAAAAUGAAUCACAAUCGUUCGAAUAUAGAGGUAGACCUAGAAAACGUAGAGACUUUUUUGGAACUAUCAAAAGGCGAUUGGGUAAAUCCAUGAACAGAUCGAAAUCAGCUGGUCCUGAAAACGAUAUCGGUCGAGAUGAUUCAUUGAACCGAUCAGUUUCAGCUGACAGAGGACGACACGACGAAAGUUAUCGUCUCAAUGUACCUGGUCAACGUUCGAUGGACGAAACUUCUAGAAGGUCCAGCCUUUCGGAAGCAUCGGGUAUGAGUAGUGCUUCGACUAGAACGUAUAUAAACGAAGCCAGUACUUUGGUGCUAGAAACUAUAGAAAACGGUAUCAAGAAACAUUAUUUAGUACCGUUGUCAUUAGCUCAAAAAUCAAAAUGGCGGAAAAAAGGCACUAAACUUCAUAUUUAUAAUGAUCAUACGUUUGUUGCCAAACAUCUACAAGGCGGUACGGUAUGUCAAGUGUGCGGUAAAAAUAUCGCUAGAAGGUUCGGUAAACAGGGCUAUGAAUGUAGGGAUUGUUUGAUCAAAUGUCACAAGCACUGCCACGUAAAAGUGAAUGAUAGUUGUCCAACGUCGACCAUUCACAGUGUAGAACUGUCUAUGCUACCGGUGUUGAGCGACUAACUGCUCUUACAUCACAAAUCCAUUGACGGACAAGAAUUUCUCCUUUUUUUAAAAUCUUAUCACCACGGUUACCAUCUACUGUUUUUUAUGGUUAGUUUUAAAAUUUACACGAUUACAGGAAAAUCUAUUUUCUUUUUUACAAACUGGAUAAUUUACAUAAUAACAAUAUGUAUAUGUAGUCAAUGUGAACCGUCUGGUUCGAUUUAAAUUCAUUCAUAUUUCGAAAUAUUGUUCUGGUAAGUUGGAAUUAUCAGUUGAACAUACCAUAAAACGAACAACUACACUGUACCACAUUACGGUAUUCGAUAAGUUAUAGUCUUAAGAAACGGAUUUUGAUUCUGAUGAUGAUAACUUGGCCAUCGAAACUUACCACAAUAUAAUUGUGUGUUAGUGUAGUAAAUAAAUGUUUUAACAAUAUAUUUUCCUGUAAUCCCUUAAAACAUAAGCACAAUAGCUUUAUAAUGUUCAAAAUCUGUGUUAAUUUUCUCGUUUUGUUUUUUUUAAUAUUGAUAUUAUUUUGUAUGCUUGUUUUUCAUUAGAUAUGAUAUAAUUUUGACAAAUUUUAUCAGAUUAAUUUAUUUGUAUAUAAAUUUGUUGUCUGUUUUUUUUAUAUUUCGGGCGAUGUAUCAUCGACUAAUUCACCAAUCAAAAAAAAAUUAAAAUCUCCUUAUAUCGAAAUGUUAUUGAUGUUUUUUCGAAAAUAAGAGGCUUAAGUGGUUUUGAUUUAAGCAUUAAUGUAAACUGAGUAUUUACCGCCACCUAUCAAAAAAUUUUGAAACCUUAAACAUAGAAAAAUUGAAAACUUUUGAAAUUAUAUCUCUUACGUUCUCAAUUUAUUCAAAUACCUUACACUACACUAAUUUAUAAUGACUCACUUAUCACUAUCACUUAACUAACUUGAAUAAUUUAUUUACAUUCUUCGGUUACUCUUCUAUUUAAUACAGUUCUCUAUACUAUUUAUUAUAAAUUAUACUAACUGCGCUAGACAAACUUCUUAUAUAUCCCAAAAGACAUUCUCGAAAGUUCUAAAAAAUAAAGAAACAAAACAAAUAAUAAUUAGACAUUCCUAGAAAAUAGUUCAAAUAAACAUAUAUAAACCGCCUGUUAUAAUAAAAACUUGUACAAAAACAAACAUUGCCUCCGUCGAAUUUUAAAAUUCCACUAAAUCCAAACAGGACCGGCGUCAUGGCGGAGAGGAGUGCAAAACAAUUAUCGAUUGAUAAAAUUUCAGUGACUUUCAAUCUGCUUCCAAUAGAAUUAGAUCCAAUAAUUUCGUAUAAAUUGAUAUUGGUUUAGAAAAUUUCUGACUAUUCUAAAAACAUUUUAAAAAUAAUACCAAACAAAUUAUUAAUUGUCUAUGAUGGUACAUUGCCUGCUUUUAUAAAUCUCGUGUCUUAUUGGAAGACAUUCAGUUAUAAAAACAUUAACUUUACGUGUUGAAAAAUUUAUAUCUAUAUAUAUACGAGGGAUGUUCGUCAAAUAUGUUUCAUUUUUAAAUAAAAAACAACCCGUACAGACACUAUCUGUAUAGAUUGUGUGCUUCACUAUCACUAUAGAAUCGCUUAUAUGUACCCUUCAAAGUUAUCUCACUACUGAUGAGAAACAUUAAUCAUGUAGUUAAGUGAUACCAAGUGUCCAUUAACGUAUCGUCCCGGAUUACCUAAUUUUUGUCUUAUAUCAAUGUGACUGCGAAGAAAAUAAAUUUACUUACCUUACUUGAAGUUACUAUUGUACUCGUUAAUAUUUAUUGUAUAGUGACCGCUCUUAAUGGGAACCAACGUCAUAGUUAAGCGAUCCAAAUAUCCCUUAGACACUUGAAGUUCCAUUGACGUAUCAAAUUACUUAUUUUUAUUUUAUAUUCAAUAAGAUUUAUCGUAUACCGAUCGCUUCUAAUGGGAAACAACGUCAUAGUUAAGUGAUUCCAAAUGUCCCUCGGACACUUAAUAGUUUUGACAUCCAACUCACAACAAAUCCAAAAAUUAAGGAAUUAUAUACAUUUUGGUCCUAAGAAUUCAUACCUUGCCAAAUAUAAAUUGAAAAACUCCUAAUUUCGGUAAAAUAACCUUCAAGUUAUCUGCCUCUUUUAUUUUCUAUUUCCAUUUCUUUAGCUUUCAAGUGACCCUUAUUGGAAAUUUAAAGAUAUGUCAAUGUGAUUUAUUUUUUUUAUCAUUUCAAACCAGUGAAACGACGUGCAUCUAAUCAAUGCCGAAUUAUAUUGUUCUACGGUACUGUUACUAGGAUAAUUGAACUUAAUUUACGAAUAAAUCUCGUAUAAUAAAUUAUAUUACGAAAGUAUAUGAAUGUUUUUUUUAUUUUUGGUAAAUUACAAGUGCCUUUUUUUAAAUUGCUUAUGUCAAUAAUAGAACGUCAUGUGAUUAUUCUAGUAAUUAUGUUAACAUAAAAUAUUCAAAAAUUUAUUUCGCUUGUUCAUGUUGAAAACAGUUGAAUCAUUAUAAAUCGAUCUAGUGUAAUCACACAAAAGCUACAAUUUUUAAUGAAAAAAAAAUUAUUUAAACAACUUUUGUUAAAUUUUAAACAAAAAUAAAUCGAAUACUUUUA